AUGCCUACGCUGCUAAACUGGAACGGAGAGUUCAACCGGCCCGAUUGGCACUUCGCAGGCUCCCACAUUGCAAAGCUGGAAUCCCUUCUCGUUGCUCUUGAUACGAUGUACGAGGAAGACCACGCCGCUGAUAACGAUAUUGCGCUUUUGGUUGACGCCUACGACAUAUGGUUUCAGCUCCCUCCCUCAGCUCUUCUUGACAGAUUCCACAAAUCAAACCUCGAGGCGGACACAAGAGUCCAAGAGUUAUGGAUGGAUUCUGGUUAUAACCCUGAGUUUCCCAUCGCCCCGCCAAAACAAAACAUUAUUAUCACCACAGCAAAGGAUUGCCAGCCCGGGACAGAAUCCGGUUCGCAUCCUAACUACCUCCACUGGCCUGACUCGCCACUGCCUUCUGACUUCUACGGGAAAGAUACAGACAAAAUCGACUUGUCCGCAGACUCCGCAAGAAAAUACCGAAGAGUUCGACCGAGGUGUGUGAACAGCGGAAUGAUUAUGGGUAAAGUCGGGCUUCUGAGGGCUGCACUUCGAAGGUGCAGAGAGAAGGUCGAGGCCGUCUCAAUGAAGGGGCGCCAGCUAUGGAGCGACCAGGCCCUGAUUGCGGAGGUUAUUGGAGAACAAGAGAUGUGGCGCGAAUGGGUCCGUUCUGUCUUGCCCCCUGUGAAUCAGCACCGUCCGCAGGACUUGUCUAGGGAGGUCCGGAAGGUUGCGGAAGCAGCUCUCGACGGGCAGCGCUUCGAGUUCGGGAUCGGCCUAGAUUACACAUUCAGUACAAUGCCUCCAACUUGCUCGGCGGAAGAAGAUGGAUCAUUUGUCAGAUGGGUCGACAGAAAAGCUGUGCAGAAGGCGUCAGAAGAGGCGGGAGUACCAGGCAGUGUCAGAGUGCCUGAUGUACCGACAGAUCUCGGAGGCUCAGACAGCCCUUUACCGGGAGCUGGACUUUCAUGGGCUGACGUCCCUCUUUACACUGACUUCUUCUUCGGGAAUGCUCCAGUCGCAAUCCACCACAAUGCUUACAUUUCGGGGCUGAAAGCGUGGAGGUUGCAGAAUUGGUGGAAUAUGACGUGGUUUUACCCACAUCUUCGAGACUUGGUCACGAGUCAGCUUCAACAGGAGGAGAGUCCAAGACCACUGGCGAGGAUUGCCGUUGGGGCGACGGGACAAAAGGAGACUGUCUACUGGGCACCACCGGAGGACAAAGGUAUGAGAACGAUCAAAAGCUUCAGGUGGUCAAAUGAUGGCGCGGAAACAACAAUUAUGGAUUGGAAUGGAAUCUGCCUGAAUAGCCAAGUGAACUGGCAUGAGUUGAUCUUCGGUGACGAAAAAGGCGCUGUGUCAACCGAAGAAUCAUUCCCGGCCCAAUAA